GGUAGGUACUCCGUACGCACGAUACGUAAGGGAAAAAGGAUCCGUAGCAUUUUACGCACAUGUACACAACUGGCUGGCUGCCCUGAUAUCUCUCAACCCCCGCUUUUCCAGUUGGUCGUCGUGUUCGGAGAACGGCAGCGUCUGUCUGUCUGUCUGCCCUAGACUAGCACCAAUUUGCCGCAAUCUUGAUUCUCGUGUGUUGCCAUUCUCAGGUACAAGUCAUUGCCGAUAGACCCCUACACGUUUAUUGGUGUUGCCGCCGUCCACACCAGCCAUGUCGAACGCGUCCGGGACAAUGAAGGCCGUCGUCUUCGACGGGCCGUACAAGGUCUCGGUUCAGGACCGCCCAAUCCCCAAGGUGGCCCAUGAGCGGGACAUUGUCAUCAAGGUGCAAGCAACGGCACUAUGCGGUUCCGAAUUGCACAUCUAUCGAGGCCUUGAGCCCACCGCCCCAGGCCCCAUCAUGGGCCACGAGUUCGUAGGCCAUGUGAUCGAGGCAGGCGCCGGCGUCCAAACCGUCGCCGUCGGUGACAAGAUUGUCUGCCCAUUCACCGUGUCAUGCGGCCAGUGUUGGUACUGCCUCCAGGGUGACACGGCACGAUGUGUGGAGAGUACAUGUUUCGGCUCCCCAAACCUCGAUGGAGGCCAGGCUGAAUACGUGCGGAUCCCCCACGCGGACGGGACGGUCAUGAAGGCGCCCAGCAGCGUCCCUGAAAAGGCCCUCAUCCUCAUGGCUGACAUCCUCCCCACCGGCUUCUAUGGUGUCAAGAGCGCCCUGGCCAUGGCGCAGGGGACCGACGUAAGCCAGUCCACCAUGGUCAUCAUCGGCGCCGGCCCUGUCGGCUGCUGCGCGGCCCUUUCCGCCCUCCACUUCAAGCCGAAACACCUGUUUGUCGUCGACAGCGUCGAGAGUCGCCUCGACAUUGCCAGGAAGCUCGGCGCCGAACCCCUGAACUUCCAGACGGACCCGGCCGGCAUGAAGGCGCGCGUCAUGGAGGUCACAGAAGGCCGCGGUGCCGACAUGGUCGUCGAGGUCGUCGGUCUCUCGCCCGCUCUCCGGACUGCUUUUGACUUGGUGCGCCCAUUUGGUGUCAUCAGCAGCAUUGGCGUCCACAACGCUGAGAUUCCUUGGUCCGCGACGGAAGGAUACGACAAAAAUCUCCGUUUCCAGAUGGGACGAUGCCCGGUGCGCAAGGUCUUUGCGGAAUCGCUGGACAUCCUCGAGAGAUACCACGAGAAGUUGAACUUCAUGUUCGACAAGAUCAUGCCCCUUUCCGACGCCGUGGAGGCGUAUGACCUCUUUGACAAGAGACAGGUGCAAAAGGUAGUCUUCACCGUGUAGAGGAAGCAAAGCAAAGCACC